AUGAUCUUGUUCGCCUCUCUCAGCUCUCUGACGAAUCUUGCCAGAUUGAGGUCGCCCAUCCUCUGUGUACUGGGACAUGUGGACACCGGAAAGACAAAGUUGUUGGACAAAGUAAGGAAGACCAACGUGCAAGAGGGAGAGGCGGGAGGGAUCACACAGCAGAUUGGCGCGACGUUCUUCCCCAUGACAAACCUGCGCAAGCUCACGGAUCAGGUGUCCCAUUCUGUUAAGGUCGACUACAAGAUUCCCGGGCUGCUGGUGAUCGAUACCCCCGGACACGAAUCGUUCAGCAACCUCCGGUCACGAGGAACUUCGAUCUGCGACAUCUGCGUCCUCGUUGUCGACAUCAUGCACGGGCUGGAGCCCCAGACGAUCGAAUCUCUGCAGCUGUUGAAGAGGAGGAGGUGCCCUUUUCUUGUCGCCUUGAACAAGAUCGAUCGAUGCUAUGAUUGGCAGCCGAACAAAGAUUCUCCGAUACAGGAUACGCUAGCCAAGCAGAAGAGCCAUACAGUCAGAGAGUUUGAAAGCAGGUGGCAAGGGAUUAAGGGAGAGAUAGCUAGCCAGGGAUUGAAUGCUGAUCUCUACUACGAGAACAAGAACCCAAGAAAAGUGGUCUCGGUGGUUCCAACAUCGGCGAUCACCGGUGAAGGCGUCCCUGAUCUCCUCCUCCUCGGCAUCCAGUUGACCCAGAAGAUGUUGGUCGACAGAUUGAUGCUCAGCGAAGCUCUUGAGGCGACGGUUCUUGAGGUCAAAGUGACGGAAGGCUUCGGGACCACGCUCGAUAUUAUCCUUGUCCAUGGAGAGCUGCACGAGGGCGACACGAUUGUGGUUUGCGGCAUGCAGGGCCCAAUCGUCACGACCAUCAGGACUCUCCUCACUCCUCACCCUAUGAAAGAACUGCGCGUGAAGAACGAGUAUGUCCACCACAAGAGCAUAGAGGCAAGCAUGGCCGUCGCUCUCCCGCCCGUGACAUCAAGUCUGCAGGCCGCCAUGGGCGUGAAGAUUGCAGCGAGCGGUCUGGAAGGAGCAGUAGCAGGAACGUCGCUGCUCAGACUGGAGAAGGAAGAUGAUAUAGAGGAGCUCAAGAGCUCGGUGAUGGAAGACCUUGAGGAGCUGAAGAAAGACGUGGACAAGUCCGGGAAAGGUGUUCAUGUCCAGGCAUCGACCUUGGGAGCUCUGGAGGCACUUUUGGACUUCCUGCACAACUCGAGCAUUCCUGUUGCCUCCAUCAACAUCGGGCCCGUGCACAAGAAAGAUGUCAUCCGAGCCAGUGCAAUGCUCGAACGAGCGCCAGACCUGGCCAUGAUCUUGGCCUUCGAUGUGAAGAUUGUGCCUGAGGCAGAGGCGCUUGCAAAGAAGGCUGGAAUCAAGAUCUUUACAGCGAACAUCAUCUACCAUCUCUUCGAUCAGUUCAAGAGUUUCAUGGAGGAGAAGAAGGCGGCAAAGAGGGAGCAGCUGUACUCCAAUGGCGUCGCCGUCUUCCCUGUGAUCCUCAGUAUCAUCCCAAAGAACGUGUUCAACAAGAGAAAUCCGAUCAUUCUCGGUUGUGAGGUGAAGGAGGGUUCGCUCAAGGUUGGAACGCCUCUCUGCAUUCCUGAGCUCAACUUUCUAGAGAUCGGCAAAGUGACGUCCAUCCAGAACAACCACAAGGAGGUGAAGGUGGCGAAGGUCGGGAUGAGCGUCGCAGUGAAGAUCGAGCCCAGCAACGACCAGCAGUCACACAUCCUCUAUGGGCGGCAGUUCGAUCACAAGGUGAAACUUUACAGCAAGAUCACCCGGGACGGGAUACAGGCAAUGAAAGAUCACUUCGCGGAGGAGAUGACUAGUGAGGACUGGAAGCUGAUGAGCAAGCUGAAGCAGCUCUUCAUUCGAGGGGUCCAGCAUUGGUAA